GUUACUAAUUAAGUCAUGGGGUAUUACAAUUUGUUGGUCACUGGUUUGUUCUUGUGGUGUGCCAUGUUUGGUCACAAUGGAGUGCUAGCCAUGAUGGAUGGGGAGAUAAUAAUGAAUUCCUCCUCAGCUUCUUCUAACUAUGACUAUGCAGAUGCUGUUGGCAAAGCCAUCUUGUUUUUUGAAGGACAACGCUCAGGGAAGUUACCCUCCAAUCAAAGGGUCCAGUGGAGGGGGGAUUCAGCUCUCUCUGAUGGCAAGCUUCAAAAUGUGAAUUUGGUGGGAGGAUACUAUGAUGCGGGUGAUAAUGUGAAGUUUGAAUGGCCAAUGGCGUUUACAGUGAGCUUAUUGAGUUGGAGCGGUGUUGAGUAUGAGAAGGAGGUAUCUUCAGUGAAGCAGCUUGAUUACCUUCGCAGUGCUAUCCGCUGGGGUGCAGAUUUCAUUUUGCAAGCUCACACUUCCCCAACCACCUUAUUUACACAGGUAGGAGAUGGGAACUCAGAUCAUCAAUGUUGGGAGCGGCCGGAAGACAUGGAUACACCGAGAACACUCUACAAGAUUGAUGCUAAUUCUCCUGGAACUGAAGUUGCAGCUGAGUCUGCUGCUGCUCUUGCUGCUGCUUCAAUUGUCUUCAAGAAAACAGAUGCCACUUAUUCGUCAAAGCUAUUAAGCCAGUCAAAAUCACUGUUUGAUUUUGCUGACAAGUACAGAGGUUCUUACUCAGGCUCUUGCCCAUUCUACUGUUCCUACUCUGGUUACCAGGAUGAACUGUUAUGGGCUGCUUCAUGGCUAUACAAGGCUAGUGGAGAAAGCAAGUACUUGAGCUACAUCACAAGUAACCAAGGUUGGAGUCAGGGAGUUUCUGAGUUCAGCUGGGAUAACAAAUUUGUUGGAGCUCAGACAUUACUCACAGAGGAAUUCUAUGGUGGGAAGAAGGACUUGGCCAAAGUUAAGAGUGACGGCGAAUCAUUUAUAUGUGCAAUGAUGCCAGGAAGUAGCUCUCAACAGAUUAAAACAACUCCUGGUGGACUUCUGUAUACUAGAGAUAGUAGUAAUUUGCAAUAUACCACAACCUCAACCAUGGUGCUAUUCAUUUUCUCCAACAUCCUAACCAGAAAUCAUAUUGAUGGAAUCCAAUGUGGCUCCACUCAUUUCACCCCCUCUCAAAUCAGAGCCUUUGCCAAAACACAGGUGGAUUACAUACUAGGAAACAAUCCCAUGAAGAUGUCUUACAUGGUGGGAUUUGGCAGUAAAUACCCAAAGCAAUUGCAUCACAGAGGCUCUUCUAUCCCUUCAAUGAAAAUUCACCCAGCCAAAGUGGGUUGCAGUGAUGGUCAAUCACAGUAUUUCUCUUCCCCUAAUCCAAAUCCCAAUGUUCAUGUGGGUGCCAUUGUUGGAGGCCCUAACUCCAAUGACCAAUUCAAUGAUGCAAGAUCUGAUUAUUCUCAUGCUGAACCCACCACAUAUAUGAAUGCUGCUUUCGUAGGUUCAGUAGCUCCUUUGCUUGGAGAAACGAGGACCUUGCAGUUUCCCCAAAUUGUUGACAGGAAAGCCUAAUGAAGCUGAUAGUCCAGUAGAACAUAUGCCUCAAUAUAUGUUUGAUUAACUAAUCUGAUAAUAUAAUUUACCCCAGCCAUAUAUACACAUUCAUGUUAAGAUUAUCUCACAUACAUUUGUCAUUACAAGUGAAUGCUUGAAUCGGUUUUUGUCGACAA